AUGGCACUGACUCGUAGCAGCACAAUUGUAACGCGAGGAAAGAACGUUGGCGUGAGGGUAAGAGCCUGUCGUACUCCGUGUCGACACAAAGACUGCAUUGCGGCCUCUGGACAAGUCUCCGACAGAUUACGGGAGAAGGAGAGUAUGCCUGACGCUGACGUGCAACGGCCUCGACAAUUGUCUGCCUCGCCAUCGCCGCGAUCAAACAAAGCCAACAGGGACGCAGCAGCCAGUCUGAGGCCUGCAUCACACCACUCAGCACAGUCAGGCAUUGGCUCGGAACAGAUCCAACAGUCCUCGCUCGUGCAGGAUUACUCGCCCUUUGCGCCCGGCCAUUCGCCUGCUUCGGCCUCUUCCUCUGUCGGAUCUUCGUCUCUUUCGGGCGAAAGCGGCCUCGACUCAGCCAAGGGCAGCCUGACAGGCUCCUUCAGCUCACUGCUGAGCGAUACUAAGAGUCCAUCAGUAGUAACGAGCGAGAAAGCGCCGACAGGCACGCUCGACGCGAUACUACAGCAAGACGAAAUGCCACCUCAGUCGCCUGAUGAGGCAUCCGGCCAGUCCCACUCGCCCACGACUGCUCUUGCCGCCAGCUCCGGCUCGUCCACGGAAGAUGCGAGCCUGCUCAGACCAGACGGCAGUUCUCAGGGUCAGCGAAAGGGCGUCAGACGACCGAGCUCAGCUUCCUCGUCCACAUCGACCAAUGGCGAUCCAGCGCGACGGCCCCUCCCCCAGCGAGGCAUGGACGGCGAGGAACACAAACGAUCCACAGAUCCAAGCAAGCCUUCUUUCCGUAAGACGCCCAGGCUAGCUCAGCAGCCACUGUCGGAGGAAGCCAAGCAGUCUGCUGGCUCCAGUGGCAGCAAUUCGCACGAGAACUCUAUGACCACUUCACCGAGCGGUACUGGCAAUGUCUCGCCUUCUGCAAGCCGGCAUUACGAACAUGCAUCUGAGCUUCCUCGUAGAAAUUCUUGGGCCAGUCGCGCAGGCUCAGACUAUGCCCCGCUGUCCACGCCAGUCGAUCAGUCUUUCUCUUCUGGCAUAGGGAGCCGUAUCGGCUCGACGAAUGCGCUCUCGCGAGUCUUCUUCAGUAGAGAGUCGUCGCACGCGAGCCUGCCUCGGCUACAGCGCUCGACCUCGACAGGACCAACCGCAGGUCCAAGCUCUCAGCCGGCGUUCACGAUGCCUGCUGCCAAUGGGCCCCGGCAGCAGAGCGAUGCCGGAUCACGUUCGCGACGUAGCAGGAGAAGGAAGCGGAAACAUGUCGACCUCGCCGGCUAUUCGUCUAGCGAGCUGUUGCGCUUGCUCGCAUCCCUGCUGCAGCAAAUAGCCAAAGCUAACGACACUCUCUCCUCCCCGCCCCUGGACGAGAGCCCCAAUGCGCCCAGUGUGGGUCCCUCAUCGAGUACGGCUCGAUCGACUGGCCACAGUCCGACUGCGUCUCUCUCUGCCUCUCCGGAUACGUCACGACAGGAGCACAUGAUGUCUUCGCACAGCAAGGAUCACAUCUUGACAGCUUCGAAAUCUGCCCUGCACAGUCCUAAUGCGACGCUGUGCUUUCAUGCGCGGAAUAUACCUAGCAUAGGCAUCGAAGCCUAUCUCUUGCGGAUACUCAAGUAUUGCCCGACAACGAACGAAGUGUUUGUAUCGCUGCUCGUGUAUUUCGACCGCAUGGCAAAGAGAGGACUCGAGACGGCAGAUAGAUCGGGACCGCUGGAUGGCGACACGAUGGCGCGCAAGAUACUGACUAUAGACAGCUACAACAUCCAUCGACUCGUCAUUGCUGGCGUGACAGUCGCCAGCAAGUUCUUCUCGGACGUCUUCUACACAAACUCGAGAUAUGCAAAGGUGGGAGGUCUGCCGUUGCAUGAACUCAAUCAGCUCGAGCUGCAGUUUCUGCUGCUCAACGACUUUAGUCUCGUCAUCCCACUGGAGGAGAUGCAACAGUACGCAGAUCAUCUUCUACUCCACUGGCAGGACGAUCAGCGCAAAAAGGAGGAAGCAAGUACAUUGGGAGAAGACGCAGACGGAAGUGCGAGUGAUUCCUCGUCAGAUUCGGACGAGGAGAGCGGAGACGAGUCGAGUGGCGAAUCUGCUCCUCCGACUGUUGCGCCCCCGCUUACUCAUGCUAAUCUCGAGCCGAAACCAGACAGCAGUCAAUCUGCUGACAUGCUCGCUUCUGCCUUUCGGCCUCGGCUACAGCAUCGUGUACAUGACUCGAGCUCGACGGAUUCUACCUCUACGAGCGGCAGUGCGACGAGCUCGCGCACCAUUACCAACGUCUCGCAAGGUAGCUCUGCGACGAGCACACCCAGUAAAGCUACCGCGUCAGAGUCUGAAGAUGUGUACAUGCAUGACUAG